CGGAAGGUCGAGGUCAUGCUUUCCCAACAUGCUAUGCGAGGAAGCCAAAAAUGUCGCUAGGCUGCGUUUGGCGGCUGGGAUUGCUUGGCAGGCAAGGCCUGCUGCAGACAGGUCGGCGGGCAGGUCCAUGUGGACGCGCUCCCAGUUGCAGAGUCUAUUCUGGAAGUACAGCCCUCCCAAAAGUUGAAGGAACUGAUGUAACAGGGACUGAAGAAGUGGUCGUUCCAAAAAAGAAAACUUGGGAUAAAGUGGCUGUUCUUCAGGCGCUCGCGUCCACAGUACACAGGGAUACCACAGCUGCCCCUUAUGCAUUCCAAGAUGAUCCUUUUCUCAUACCAGCAUCCUCUGUGGAAUCUCGUUCAUUUUUAUUGGCCAAGAAGUCUGGGGAGAAUGCAGCCAAGUUUAUUAUUAACUUACAUCCCAAAUAUUUUCAGAAGGACAUAGCUGAACCUCAUAUACCGUGCUUAAUGCCUGAGUACUUUGAACCUCAGAUUGAAGAUGUAAGUGAAGCUGCCCUGAAGGAACGGAUCAAGCUCAAAAAAGUCAAAGCUUCAGUGGACAUGUUUGAUCAGCUCUUGCAAGCAGGAACCAGUGUAUCUCUGGAAACAACUAAUAGUCUCUUGGAUUUAUUGUGUUAUUACGGUGACCAAGAGCCCUCAGCUGAUUACCAUUUUCAACAAAGUGAAAAAUCAGAUUUGGAAGAGGCCCCAGAAGAAAACAGGAAACCUAAGAAGGCUGGCCAUCCAUUUGGAGUUACUUGGAGAGCAAAAAACAAUGCUGAGAGAAUUUUUGCUGUAAUCCCAGAGAAAAAUGCACACUCUUACUGCACAAUGAUCAGAGGAAUGGUGAAGCACCGAGCUCCUAGUCAGGCAUUAAACUUGUACACUGAAUUAUUAAACAACAGACUCCAUGCUGAUGUACAUACCUUUAAUGCAUUGAUUGAAGCCACAGCACUGAUUGCAAAUGAGAAAUUUCAGGAAAAAUGGAGUAACAUAUUGGAACUGCUGAAGCAGAUGGUUGCACAGAAGGUGAAACCAAAUCUACAGACUUUUAAUACCAUUCUGAAAUGUCUCCAAAGAUUUCAUUUAUUUGCAAAAUUGCCAGCCUUACAGACCUUACGUGAAAUGAAAGCCAUCGGUAUAGAACCCUCGCUUGCAACUUAUCACUACAUUAUUCAGCUGUUCUGUCAUAAUGGCUUCACUUCAAAAGAGUCAUGUGCCGUAAUCUACGACAUCAUGAACGAAUUGACAGGAAAGAAAUUUUCUUCAAGGGACCCAGAUGAUGGUAUGUUUUUUCAGUCAGCCAUGAGAGUUUGUUCAUCUCUCAGAGAUCUAGAACUUGCUUACCAAGUACAUGGCCUUUUAAACACUGGCGACAACCGGAAAUUCAUUGGACCUGAUCAGCGGCAGAAAUACUAUUUUUCCAAGUUCUUCAAUUUGCUUUGUUUAAUGGAACAUAUUGAUGUCACCUUGAAAUGGUACAAGGACCUAAUACCUUCAGUCUUCCUACCCCAUUCCCAAACACUGAUAGAUCUUCUUCAAGCACUGGAUGUGGCCAACCGGCUAGAAGUGAUUCCUCAGAUUUGGAAAGAUAGUAAAGAAUAUGGUCACGCUUUUCGCAGUGAACUGAAAGAGGAAAUCCUGAUGCUCAUGGCAAGGGAUCGGCACCCACCAGAGCUCCAGGUGGCGUUUGCUGACUGUGCUGCAGAUAUGAAAUCUACUUAUGAAAGCCAGGGUGCCAGACAGACUGCUCCUGAUUGGCCGGCCAACCCUCUGAACUAUAUAACUGUCCUCUUUUUAAGGGCUGGGAGAACCCAAGAAGCCUGGAAGAUGUUGGGCCUUUUCAAGAAGCAUAAUAAGAUCCCUAGAAAUGAGUUGCUGAGUGAAUUUAUGGACAGUGCAAAAGCAUCCAACAACACUGCCCAGGCCCUUGAGAUAGUGAAGCUGGCGAGUGUCUUCAGCUUACCUGUUUGUGAGGGCCUCACCCAGAGGGUAAUGGCUGAAUUUGCAGUCGGCCCGGAACAAAAAGAAUCCCUGGGAAACCUAAUUGCACUGGCCAGUGACAGCGACAGCGACAGCAGUGAAGGCAAAUAAAAAUGGAUGAAUCAGGAACAGCUGCGGCCUAGCAUAGCUGCGGCAGUCACACUUGAGUGGAGAUGUUAAUAUUGGUCACAGGAAGAAAACGAUGAGACACGGUGAACUGCGCAGCGUUGACACAGCACUGACUGACUAGGUUAAAUACCCAGUUGAUACUUACUAAGCCAUUCAUUCAAGGCUUACCAUUUCAAUGGAAGCAGCACUACCGUUUCCAUCAGACGCACUGAGGCAUGUGGCUCCUGAUUCCAGCUCUUAUUCUGCACACCUGCAGUCUGUCCACUGGCCUCAUGCUAGCAUCAUCUUUUGUGGAUUCAGCCUUUGUGGGCUUAUGCUGGUACUUCCUUGACCUUAGAGAAGGUGUUUAAAGAUGGUUUUCAAACUACAUCACAACAGAUACCAGGCCAGUAGUAGUCCAGUUUUGGAGGGUAUUUUGAUAUGAAAAAUUAUGUGUCUUUGAAUUGAUUGAACAGUGGCAGGAGUUUGGGCUGCACAGCUGAGAAAAUGAAGACUGACCCACUUCUAUUUUUUUUAUACAGCCUUCUUUGCCAGUCUUCCCACUAUACUUGGGGCUUGCGUGAGCAUGUCAUCUCUCCCUAUUUGGUCUCUGUGCUGACACCUCCUUCAGUUGUGCCAGACUUAGGGGUCUACAUGAGGGUUUGUGAUGACAAAAGGAUUGAAAUGUUUUCUUGACAUGGUUGUGUAUUGCUGGUUGGUAAUCAAGUUAGUCAGGAACUUCUGUGGCUGGCAUUUCUCUUCCACAAUGACUUCCAAAUGGUGUUGGGAACUAACAAGAACUUGGGAGGUGUGCAGCAGCAUUCUUCCCUUCACGAGGUCUUCCACCAUGGGCUGCUUCGCUCAUGUCUGAUUCCCAGAUCUAAGAGUUAGCCUGAGUUCUCAACACGAGCAACUCCAUCCUCACCCUGCCAGGAUCGACAUUUACGGGCCACUGGACUGCACUGAUGUCCAUUAUAUGUGCCUGUUCGUAUGUCCAGUCACCAGGUUCUCUAGGCCAGGACCCAGUCAUACCUUGGCAGACGCCUAAGUACUAGUUUUUGUUUCCUUCUAGAAUGUCAGUUUAAGAUUUCUAGUUGAAGGACAAUGAGGGUGGGGCAGAAUACCAGUAGUUAGCUACUUAAGCCUUCAUGUGCAUUGUUCCUUAAACACCAAAGCAAAUGAGCAAACUGGUAGGGCAGAUUAGCCUUAGACCUUGGUUUUUGACAUCUGAGGACCUGCCUGCCUGGAAGCUUCUGUUCACUCACUCCCUCCUUUCCUGAUGGUUUAUCAGCACCUGCAAAUACCUGACUUCUUGGCCAAGCACUCAAAUCAUUGCAGUCUCUAAAUAUGAUAACUUCUUCCUUGCUAGGCCCUAACAAUCCUGACCAUAGUGCUUUGCAGCUAUAAUGGUGAUAGGAGGGAAGUCCACCCAGAUUGAUCUGCAAUCUGGAUUGCAGAUGAGAUGCAAAACAUGUAGCUCAGUGGUUUUAGUUCUGUAUUAAAGGUUAUUUCAAAUCCCCACUCUAGGCAAAUAACUGCUUUGAACUUUUCAGAGGAAAGUAAGGCCUUAUAGGGUUGGUCCCCAUUACCUUGUAUUUGUAAGUGUGCACUGCACUGACUAGUGAAAUAAUGGCUUUUAAUAGUCAUAAGUUCUGUUUUUCCAUGCUAGUUAAUAAUCUGCCAAUUUUUGCUUUGGGCCCUGGCUCACUCUCUAAUUUGCUGUCUGUUCUUCACGAAUGUCUUCAUACAACUCAAGUACAGCAUUUCUAAAAGGCAUUUUUAAAUGAGUGGCUUCUUGGUGACGUAGAACCCCUCUUUUUUAAGACAACUCUUACUGCACAGUCCCAACAUUUUCAGCUGAUAUUUAUAUUGGAAAAAUUAUCUAUAACCUGAAUGAAACUCAGUUCAAAAUUGUAAGCAAAAAUGCUCUGAGGAGAAAUGUUUGAGUUAUAAUCCAGUUACAAUCAGGAACAGAAUCAAGUUUUAAAACCAAGCUUUGGAGCACCAAACGGGGACAUGAGGCUUUAAUGAUAGAGAGCUGAGGCAGCAACAUAAUGGCAUAUAAAGCAAGCAUAUGGUAAAAUGGAAAUUUUGGAACUGAGGACAGUUUAUUUGAGUAACUUAGCAAAAAGGAGCUGUAGAAACCAGAGCAUCAGAAGAGCAAUUGGGAGUCAGGACUCAGGGAAUCGGAAGGGUAAAGGGAGUUUUGGUAGGUGGGAGACGCUUCUGUAGUGUUGCCACAGAUUACUAAUGUAUGGGAAUUAGAAACUACGUUUUUUCUUCAACAGAACAUUGAGGACUAAUAAUAAAUAAAAUGGACUGGCUUUCAAACUGCA